AUGGUAGCACAGGACAGUCAGUAUGCUCUGUACUUUGUUGCCAGGGUAACACUGUACAGGCAGUAUGCUCUGUACCGUGUUGCCAUGGUAGCACAGGACAGUCAGUAUGCUCUGUACUUUGUUGCCAGGGUAACACUGUACAGGCAGUAUGCUCUGUGCCAUGUUGCCAUGGUAGCACAGGACAGUCAGUAUGCUCUGUACUUUGUUGCCAGGGUAACACUGUACAGUCAGUAUGCUCUGUACCAUGUUGCCAUGGUAGCACAGGACAGUCAGUAUGCUAUGUACUUUGUUGCCAGGGUAACACUGUACAGUCAGUAUGCUCUGUACCAUGUUGCCAUGGUAGCACAGGACAGUCAGUAUGCUAUGUACUUUGUUGCCAGGGUAACGCUGUACAGUCAGUAUGCUCUGCACUACAUUCAGCAGGUUCAUAGGAGUAUUGUUCUUUCUUGGCGAGAUGGUGCAGAACAUCCUGAUUAA